AGUAUGUACGGUGCUACAGGCUUAACGAGGACUAUUCUUAAAUGUUUAAUGUUUUGACAGUUACCAGAGAGAGAAUAAAUGUCUCGCAAUCAAUCAUUUUGAAUGCGUUUAAUAAAUACGUUUAUAUUUUAGGCUAUUGCUAUUAUUGGUUAAAGUUUAGGCUACUAGCCUAUAUGGUCCAAUGGGAAUUCGGGAGAUCCAACGCAAUUUUGGAAAUGUUGACCGAGGGCUCUAGCCUACCUUUGGACUAGCAAAUAAAAGUUGUCUCCCUUGUCGUUACUAGCGGUCGUUACCGACAUGUCUGACUGGACGGAUAUUCUACCGAGAUACAUGAAGAAAUAAAACGCCACCAACUAUCCUCCACCGGUCUUUUUUUUGGACGGAGAUGGUCUCGCGCGGAAUAACGGAUUUGUGAAGCUAUGGCGCUCGGGCACGGCUCCAAAAAGUCGCGCUCCUGUGAUUUGGAGGUAGCACCAGCUCCUGUGGACCUGCCAUUGGAAUGGGUGGGGCCCGGUAACGAAGCCUCCAUGACGUCCUCUAAGAUGUUGAGACGACCCUGCAGGUGUCUCCUAGCCUUCCUUGUCAUCGUCACCAUCAUCAUCCUCUCGGGAGGAGCAACUCUGGCAUGGUACUUCCUGGAGUACAGGGUGUGGGUACUGGAGCCCAGGGUACAACAGCAGUAUACUGCUAGACUCUCUAUCCUCAACAGGAACUACUCCUCUGGUCUCUCCUCUCACACCAGCCCAGCCUUCACAGCCCAGGCAAAGGAAGUACAAGAUAUGGUGAGGAGGAUAGUGAAGGGCUCAGACCUAUCUCGCUACUUCAACUCCACCAAAGUCUUUGCUUUUGGGGAGGGAAGUGUGGUGGCACACUUCUGGCUGGUACUGUCAGUCCCCGACAGCCAUGUUGGUAAGGUAACUAUGGAGCGAGUCAGCAGCUGCCUACACAGUCUACUAGGGGCCUACAGAGGGAGCGACAGAGAGGAGACUGCUAACUAUGGAGAAUAUCUGUUGCAUCUUCCCUCUUUCUCGAUCACAGAAACAGACCCCAAAGUUGUAGAACUUUUGAAAGCUUCAUUUGACUGCUACAGGUACCAGGUGGUCAGCUCCAGCACAGCGGUGGCUAUGAGGGGACCUAACACCCAGCGCUCGUCCUGCCUUUGGCACCUCAGGGCCCCGCAAGGCUCCAGCACCCAGAGUUUCAGACUGGAGCUGAGGAUGGAGUGGCUGCUACCAGAGUGUAGAGAUAGACUGGCUGUCUAUGAUGGUUUAACACCUACUGAUACUCACCUCAUCACCUCUCUGUAUGGCUGCAGCAGACAAGAGCGUGUUGUUCAUGUGUUGUCAUCAGGAGAGUGGAUGACAGUGGUCUGGAAACAGGGUCUCUACAACUACAAAGACCCCUUCUCCCUGUCUGCACAGGCCUGGACCACUGAAAUGUGUUCCUCCAACAUAGAGCUGCAGCCAGUAUCAGGGGUACAGGGUAGUCUACGUACCCCUUCUAUCCCAGCUACUACCCACCAGACACCAACUGUACCUGGACAUUCACUGUGCCCUCUGCAGACUAUGGACUAUCACUGGAGUUUGAAGGUUAUGAGCUGAGCAGGGCCAACUAUAACCAGGCCUGUACACAGGGACAGUGGAUGGUACAGAACCGCAGGU